GCUGGCUCCAGGCAGUAGACAUGUUGGUGGCGGCACCCGGCCGGCAGAAGUAGGCGUCCCAGAAUGCAGCGCGCGUGGCUUUGCUUGUGACGAGGGAGUUUAGGUGUCAGUGAUCUGGUGCCGCAGGCCUGUGUGAGUGAGUCCGUAUAAUCCCGGGAGAGGAUGGAUACCAGCGGGAAGGAGCGCGAGGCGGUGCAACUCAUGGCUGAUGCCGAGAAGAGAGUGAAAUCCUCUCAGUCUUUCCUGAGGGGUCUGUUCGGUGGAAACACAAAGGUUGAAGAAGCCUGUGAGAUGUAUGCCAGAGCCGCAAAUAUGUUCAAGAUGGCUAAAAACUGGAGUGCUGCAGGAAAUGCGUUUUGCCAGGCUGCCAGACUCCACAUGCAACUGCAGAGCAAACACGAUGCAGCCACCAGUUUUGUAGAUGCCGGAAACGCAUACAAGAAAGCAGAUCCUCAAGAGGCCAUCAACUGCUUAAAUGCAGCCAUCGAUAUAUACACAGACAUGGGUAGGUUUACAAUCGCUGCAAAGCAUCACAUCACCAUCGCAGAGAUCUAUGAGACUGAACUGGUUGAUAUUGAGAAGGCAAUUGCACAUUAUGAACAGUCUGCAGAUUAUUACAAGGGUGAAGAAUCAAACAGUUCUGCUAACAAGUGUCUGUUGAAAGUGGCGUCUUAUGCUGCACAGCUGGAACAGUACCAAAAAGCUAUUGAAAUCUACGAACAGAUUGGUACAAGUACAAUGGAUAAUCCUUUACUGAAAUACAGCGCAAAAGAUUAUUUUUUCAAGGCUGCACUGUGUCACUUCAUUGUGGAUGAAUUAAAUGCCAAGCUCGCUCUGGAGAAGUAUGAAGAAAUGUUUCCUGCAUUUACAGAUUCAAGAGAGUGCAAGUUAUUAAAGAAUUUGCUGGAGGCUCAUGAAGAACAAAACUGUGAUGCCUACACCGAAGCUGUGAAGGAAUUUGAUUCAAUAUCGCGCUUGGAUCAGUGGCUCACGACUAUGUUGCUCCGUAUAAAGAAAUCCAUUCAGGGAGAUGGAGACGGGGACCUGAAAUGAACAGGAGGGUGAAGCGCUGGAAUGUUAACAGUUCUACCAACAUUCUCACUCCAAUUUUUUUUUUAAACAAUUUAUUUUGCAGACAUCUCUUCAGUGCCAGUAAAGCCAAUAGGAUGACAGUGAGUAGAGAUGACAGUUAACAGAGUCUCAAGGGAUUUAUGUGUUUAUUUUCAUUAUAUUUCUUUGUAUAAUUGUAUCAUAACAGGAAUUAAUAUAGGGGCUAGAAAGUGACAGAACACAGAUAUAUAUAUAUAUAGAUAUAGAUAUAAUAUUAUUACAGGCCUCUGUAUACCAAGGGGACAAUAUGGAAUAACAUCAUGAGGCUGGGAGCCCACUCUCUGCUUCUAGGGCCACAAUAAACUUGCUGUAAGUCGCUCCAUGCCAUAAAGGGAGGAUGUCUCAGUAACCGCUCACUUGUACCCACACUGUAAGGGGCAGAUCUUGGCAUCAUAUGCAGGGCCUUUGCCUGUGUGUCAGGCUGCUGGGGUGCUGCCUGUGUAAUAGGUGCAAAUUCUGCCCAUUAGUGCGUGUAACGCUUGAGCUUGACUUUAAUGGGAUCCUGUCAUGG